CGAAGGCUGGACUCGUAAGCUCAGUGUAGUACAUCAUAUUCACUAAUUGCACCAUCUGUGGAGUGUUGUUUUGCUUGUUUUACAAACCCUUCAAUCGCUGCACUAUUUAGCAGACGAGCGCGUGCGGAAAGCAGUUAGCUUACUUUCACUCAAGCUGCUUCACAAACUAGUUUAUAACUUUGAAAAAUUAACUUCAAAGAGACACGGCGGAGGACACGGACACUUUUCUGAGUGUUGUUUCGACUUUCGGACGUACCUCUCGGUUAUCACUUCAUUUCAGUUUUAAUUUGUCUCUUUUUCUGCAUCCAGAGGGGGAGGAAAAGGAGGUGGACCCACGCUCAGCCGCCGGUCUCGUGGCUUCUUUGUAUACAGCAGCAGCUGUGUGUAAAUGCAUGGGCACACAGCGUCUACCGUUCCUUCAGGGACAGUUUAGUCGGCUCGGUCCGUCCUUCUUUUGGGCUUCUUCAGAAAUGAAACGGCUGAACCAAGUGUAGAAGAGGAAUAUCUAAACUUUAACUGAACCCUUUUUUUUAAAAUCCCAGUGUUUCAUUUAGCCCAACAGAGCUUGGGUCAGUUUCACCGCCUCUCUUUUCUCCAUCUCUUUCUCUGUGUGCGCUUGGAUUGUAAACGGCAGAAACAAAUUGGUCUCCGUACAGAGCAGGCUACAGCUCCGCGGCUCCCUGUCUCAUUCACCAUGGAUGUAAGGUUUUAUCCUUCUGCUGGGGGGAAUUCUAUCCCAGGAGACCCACCAAACCUGGAUUUUUCCCACUGUUUGGGUUACUACAACUUCAACAAGUUCCAGAAUAACAACUACAUGAACAUGACCGAGGCCAACGGUGCUCUGCUCGCUGCUGGUGAUACUUUUCAUACGCCCAGCUUGGGAGACGAGGAGUUUGAGAUCCCCCCAAUUACACCUCCACCUGAGACAGAGUCUGGUCUGGGUCUAUCGGAAGUGGACUCACCUUUCCCAGCAAUGCCAGAGCCCCCAGCUCCACACAGGGGUCCCUUAAUCCCUCAGUUCCCCCCUCAGAGCCUGGAUCUGCCCUCUAUUACCAUCUCACGCAACAUGAUGGACCAGGAAGGGUUGUCUGUCAACAACGGCCAACCUGUGAAUGUUGGACCAGGCCAUCUUCGCCAGUACCCCCCAAACCCCGCCAUGGUGAUGAAGUCCAUCAUCAGCAUGAACAGCCCCAAUGGGAUGAUAUCAAGGAACCAGCUGACCACCAUUAACCAAUCCCAACUCAACACACAGCUGAGUCUAAACAUGGCAGGACCCAACAUCACCCAUACUUCCCCAUCACCGCCUGCGAGCAAGUCCGCCACCCCAUCUCCCUCCAGCUCCAUCAAUGAGGAUGAUCAGGACGAUGGCAACAGGGUCAUUGGAGAGAAGCGACCAGCCCCUGUUGACCCUGCAAAGAAGCCCAAGACCCCUAAAAAGAAGAAGAAGAAGGAUCCCAAUGAGCCUCAGAAGCCGGUCUCCGCAUAUGCCCUGUUCUUCAGAGACACCCAGGCAGCUAUUAAGGGGCAGAAUCCCAAUGCCACCUUUGGAGAGGUGUCCAAGAUUGUGGCCUCUAUGUGGGAUGGUCUGGGAGAGGAGCAGAAGCAGGUUUACAAAAGUAAAACGGAAGCAGCUAAGAAAGAAUAUUUGAAAGCCCUUGCUGCAUACCGUGCAAGCCUGGUUUCCAAGGCUGCAGCAGAAUCAGCUGAGGCCCAGACUAUCCGCUCAGUACAGCAGACUCUGGCAUCCACCAGCCUGUCCCCUGGUCUGGUGCUGCCUUCCCCCCUCAACCAGCACCCCUCUAUGUCAUCAGCCUCCCAGGCCCUCCAACAAGCCCUACCACGGGCCAUCGCCCCCAAACCUCUGCAGAUGAGACUAGGAGGCAGCCAGAUCGUGACCUCAGUUACGGUGUCCCACCAGAACAUGUCCCCUGGGAUGCCCCCGCAGCUGCUGGGCCAGAUGGGUUCUGGAGGGGCCAUGGUGGCGGGUGCCCAGUCCACAGCCGUGUCUCAGAUGAGCCCACCCAUGCAACCGGUGCAGCAGCAUGCCAUGCAGCAGCUCCAGCAGCAGCAGCAGAUGCAGCAGCACCUCCAGCACCAUCAGAUGCAGCAGCAGCAAAUGCAUCACCAGCAGAUCCAGCAGCAGAUGCAGCAUCAGCAUUUCCAACACCACCUCCAGCAACAGCUGCAGCAGCACCACAUGCAGCAGCAGCAACAACAACAACAACAACAACAACAGCAGCAGCAGCAGCAGAUGCAAUUGCAACACAUGCAGAUGCAGCAUCAAAUGCAUCAGCAGCAGAUUCAACAUCUCCAGCAACAGCAGCACCAGUCCCAGUGUUCCCCACCGCAGCACUCUCCUGGUACUCCACAUUCAGGGGGGGGCUCUGCAUCACUCGGCAGUCCCCAGCCAACUCCACAGCAGCCACACCCCUCUCAAAUCCAGGCCCACGCCCAGGUCCUGUCCCAGGUCAGCAUUUACUGAGCCAAAUGGAAAUCCUAUCUCAAAGAACAGGAAUAGAAUAAAAGCAUCAUUCCACGUUGCUUUUCUAAGUUGCACUUAAGAAGUGUGUCAGAUUUAGAAUGUUAUACAAAGAACUUGUCCAUUGUUAUAGACGGAUAUGCACAUGUGUGUACAGGGGAGAAACAUGUAAACUGGGUGUUUUUCUGUCAUGGGAUUAGCUAUGACAGUUGCCUGUUAGGAUGACUGCCCAGUAGUUGUUUAUUUGUUUGUUUGUGAGGUCUUUCAGUUGUCAAUUUAAACUGACUGGGCACACAAUAUGUUGAAAGACAAGUGUCUUUCACUGUUUUAUUUAACAAUAAAGCUUUAUUUAUGAGGCCUGAGUUGUCAGUUCAGCAGACGGACAUAUUGAAAACGUUUCAACAAAAGGAUUUCUAUCCACUCUCUCCUGGACUAAAUGACUCACAGGAUUUUUUUUUUGCUGGAAACCAGUAACCCACACAUCCGUCUUUGUUCCCACACUGGCCAGUAUAUAGUGAGACUUCCUCUUUCUCCAGCCUUUCUCCUUCACUCGUCAUUUUCGCAGAUGGAACUGUUCAACAAUGGCGUGAAAGGAGAUGGUUGAUCAAAUCAUCACAUGACAGAGGAUCAGUGAAAUUUGAACACAUUUAAACCACGUCACAACUGUCUAUAACAGUAAAGGGAGCAGAAAAUAGAUCUGUGGAUGAAUGACUGAAUAGUCUGAGACAGACCUGCCAUAAAUCAUGUAUGUCAUCACAUUUCAUCAUCAAACUGUAGCUGUAAUCUGCUGUACAUGUUUUGUAGGGGGGUGGGGGUGGGGGAAACCUCCUUUAUCCAGUAAUCAGCCCUCCAAAUGAUUUGUCCAAAUGCGUGUAAUUCCUCCCCCAAAAUUGCUUCUUUAAUCUAUUUGUUUCUACUCCAGAUGUUUAACAAUUAAAUUAUGUUUUUAUUUUGUGUAACAAAGGGGAUAUUUUAUGGUAAAUACAAAUAUCCAGAUCAAGGCAGAUGAUUUGGGGAUUGCUGUAUUUUUACUCUGCUCCUUGAUACUGUCAUUGUUUUAAAAACAGAAAACUAGCAGAGCCAGUUUGUUGCACUGCCAAAGCCAACUAAAAGGCAUCGGAGGUAUUUUUGCCAGCUGUAUAGAAGUCCCUGAGAAAAAAAUGAUGUACAUUUUUCAUAUCACCUGUUGUAAAGUUUUAAUAUGUGAGGCUUUAAUUAAAACAUUGUUAAACGACCUGUGGAUUGCUAUAUCACAUAGUGCAUUUCUGCUCUUUUAUACUUUUUUAUGAUUUACAAUAGCAGCAAUUAAUUUUGUUUGUAUAUUUGCUUACAAACCAACUGCUUUAAACAUCUGUCCAUAGAAUAAAUGCAUAUCCGUAUGGAGAAGUUGUUUUCAGCUCACGAUAGGAAAAGUAAUUUAAUGUUUGAGUUUUUCUGCCUGGCCAUGAAGAAGAAUCCAGAGACAUUCCAUCACUAAUAUGAUAGUAGCCAUAAUUUUGUAUGAAGUAUUAUAUAUUUCUUUGUGUCUCUGUUCAAAA